CAUACAUCACUAGACCGUGGAUCAGGAUCUUUAGAAAAUCACGCAAGUGUUACGUCAUAAACAUUUGCCAUUUGCUGUUCGAAUUUCGAUUUUUCAAUAGAUACCGAGUUGUAAAAACUACUUUGCGCUAUUACAAAUUAUUCAAAAUGAGCGCCUGGAGGCAAGUGGGUCUAACUUACAUAAACUACUCCAACAUUGCCGCUAAGGUCUUACGCAGAUCUUUAAAACAAGAGCUUCGCAAUGAAGCUCUACGACGAGAUUCAUCCCACGUCCGUAUAACGCCCUGGGCAAAUGGCAAGCCAGCUCAUGAAAAGGAGUAAAGCAACUCUGGUAUUUACAACAAGCAGUAAAGGCAUAAACCAAGAUCAAUUUGGAUUUAUGAAAGACGAGGAAUCAAUCAUUAUGUUAGGUUUAAUUUAAUAAACUUGUCAAAAUUAACAAA